AUGUCCCGCCUCGCAUACCCUCUCCUGACACCUUCUAUGUUCCAAACCCUCGUACAAUCUACCAAAAGCAUAAUACCAAACCCCUCCUUCUUCAGCACAACCUCCGCCCUCCUCCAAAAGAACCUCCCACCCCGUCCAAAACCCCCACCCGACUCGGAAAUCGAAGAAUCCUACCUCAAAGGCAGCGGCCCCGGCGGCCAAAAGAUUAAUAAAACAAACUCCGCCGUCCAGCUAAAGCACAUCCCAACCGGCAUCGUCGUCAAGUCCCAGGCCACCCGAUCCCGCAGCCAGAACCGCAAGCUCGCCCGCGAGAUCCUCGCCCAGCGCAUCGACGAGCUCACAAAUGGCGACCAAAGCCGCUCCGCCAUCGUCGGGUCCGUCAAGAAGAAGAGGGCAGACAGCGCAGCAAAGAAGAGCCGCCGAAAGUACAGGCUGCUAGAAGAGGAGAGGGCGGCGGCGGCGGCGGCCGGUGCGGAGGCGGAAGCGAGGGAAGCAGAAGCCGAAGCAUCAGAAACCGAAGCCGAACCCCCCACCGCGGAGAAUAGCACGAGAGACACCUCCGAACCGAGUAGCGGCACAAGACAAGGCACGGGUAGCCAUCCCAGCGAGACGGCGUCUGGCGACAAUAACCAGCCCAGACACGGGUCCCGUGGAUCCUCGUAA